ACAUCAAAAAGUAGAUGAAAAAACUCAGCUACUUUUUUUUUGACAACUUUCUUUUUUUUUGAAAAGCCCAAAAAGUAACCAUCCUCUUUCUUUUUGCAAACACAAAGAAUAUACCAAUGGGUCGUCGUUCAAGACGGAAAAGAGAAUGGAAUUUGACUCCAAUAGAGAUCGAUGAGGACGAUUUGGAAUCACAUCGCUUGGACGCAAACCCUCAUUAUACACAAAGUUAUCCAGAAAAGCAAGUCUUUGCAAGAACCAAUAACUUUGUACCUACUUCUAAGAAAGCGGCUCGUUUGAAUGUUGGUGAAAUUUUCAAAGUAGCACCCGAGUUUGCAGAGCAUACACUUAGUAGUUUUCGUUGGGAACAACUUUUUACUGAUUAUAUUGGUGUGCAAAAGCGGCAAGAACAAUUCGAUCCAUUGCGAGGCAAUUCUCUACUGAUAACAGAUGACUCAGACAACGUAGUCCUCGCUUUUUUCAGUGCUGGCGAAAGUUUAUCCACUUUAGUCGUUACUUCAAGUCAAAAAGCACCCUUCUCACCGCAGGCAACCGAUCACAGCGAGUCAUUCGAUUUACCUUUUGACUCUUUUCAUGUUGUAAAGUACUUUGAUCUCAAAUGGCCAAUACGACAAAUCACCAUGUCACCUUUUACCACUCUUCCCUAUAGACUAUUUAUUGUAAGAACCACCUCCACCCUACAUCUAUUCAAAAUCACUCAACAACAAAAGGAUCAUAGUGGAAUUCAUAUCGCGCAAAUAUACCAUUUGAAUCUAGCAGAACGCACUCUCAGCAACAACGCUGAUAUCGACUAUUCUAUGCCUGUCCACGUAGAAAUGAGUCCUUUCGUACCCACACAGUUCUUAUUUAUUACGAACAAUGGAUACAUAGCCCUCAUCGAUGCGGCAGAUGAUAAUGUUAUUCACGAAUGGACUGUACCCAUACCAUUACCCAAAGAGAAACCGUCUGGUAACAAUAAAGUGACACAGACGUACGUUUCUCGAUGGGCAUCUUGUGGGUUCGGUCCUAGCGCUACCAGUUUUCUUGUCGCUACACCAGAGACCGUCUCAGAAUGGGUGCCGGACGGUCUAUCGCUUAGGAUGGAAAGGUUGAUUUUCUCAACGAUCGAUCCAGCAGUUUCUGAAGAAGACCACCAGAAGAACAAGAAAAGGAAAAGGUUCAAAAAGAAGGAUCGUAUCACUUCUUUCAGUACAGUUCCAAGUGGCAAACCUGGACAUCGUCUUUUUUGCUUCACGACACUGGAUUAUGUUGUGGUGAUUGAUUCAUCUGCAUAUAAACACCCAAUUAUGAUAUUACCGCAGAGCCUAGACGAAACAUGCUUUUCUUUACUGAAAUUUGAAGAAACCGUAUUACACUUUUCUCUUAUAUAACCCAACACUUGUCGAUUACCGAUUUUCAUUACGAUUCUGAACCGCUUGACAUUGAGCGCAAAUUACAAUAUAACGGUACCUA